CCUCAGGCUUCCGGAGGAGGGGGAGAGAGCUGACAAUCCUCCAGAGGGAUGGGUCACUCUCUACUUCAAAAUGUUUGAGUACGGCCUCAGACUUCCCCUUCAUCCUUUUGUCCAAGAAUUUCUCUUCCGGACUGGGUUGGCUCCGGCUCAAGUGGCCCCCAAUGGGUGGGGUGUCAUUUUCGCUUUGGCCAUCCUUUUUUGGCUACGAGCUCGGGAUAGUGAGGAGGCCGAGCUGUUGGACGUAGACCAGCUCCUCGCGUGCUUCGAAGCGAAAAGGAUAGCUAAGAAGCCUGGUCGGUUCUAUAUGUGCGCAAGGAAAGGCGCAGGCGGUAUAGUUAAGGGGCCGACCUCCAUCAAGGGAUGGGUGAGGAAGUGGUUCUACGCUUCCGGGGAAUGGCUCGCAAAGGACGAGUCAGGUCGUUCCUUCUUUGACGUCCCCACUAGGUUUGGGAACCUAGUUUCAAUCCGACCAGUCCCCGAGCUUACGCAAGCCUCCUUCGACACGCUGAAAUACUACAAGGAGCGCUUUCCGAGGGGUAGGAAGGUCGGAACCCUGGUGACCGACGAGCUGCUGCUUGAAUCCGGGCUGCUAGAUUACAACCCUGCAGUUCGUCCCAUUGAAUCCUCAAGGCCGAACUCUGAACUUGGUGAAAAGAAGAUAUAA